AUGACUCCUAUGGAUAUGGAUGAAGAAUAUUACUUGGAUGAAGAAUUGAAGACAACCCUUGAAAACCUGGAGAGUGUAGAGUCUGAGAAUGAAGACUUAAAGGAGAAUGUUAAGGUUGAAGAAAGUACAAAGGUGGAAGAAACCUUGAAGGACAUAAUCAAUCUAAAGACUAAAGAACAUGGGAAGCUGGAACAAGAGUUAUUGAAGGUGAAGAAUGAAGCAAAAGUCAGUGAAAGUGGUGCAUUAUUGGACAAACUAUUAUCCAUGCAAAAAUCUCACAAGGAUAAGGAAGGAUUGGGUUCUCCUAGCGAAUGCUUUAAUGAAAAAAGUAAAGGAAAAGGAAAGAUUGAAGAUCUGAAUAAACUUGAAGAUUCAAAUAAAGUUUGGAAUCCAAGACCUACUAUAAAAAGGCCUUUGAUUCAACAACCUAAUGCUCAAAGUAGGCAGGUCAAGGUGAAUGAAACCAUGAUCGCUGAGGCUACGGGUCUACCGAUGGAUGGUAUCAAGUUCUAUAGGGAUAGGAAGUUGUUCAAUGCUGCAGUGAAGAAAUUCCGUAAGGAUGAGGAGGAGAAAGCCAAACUGGUGAAGGGAAGCCAUACUUACUACUCGCCGAGGGAUGCUAUCUCCAACCCCAAAACCAAUCCUGCUAUACAUGAGGGUCUGAUUGUGAUUUUGUACAAUCACAUCAAGAAUACCACCAUCCAUUUGAACAUUGUAGAGGUUUCUGAGUUGCAAGAGGAAUUGAAAGAAUUAGAUGAUGAUGAUGAUGGUGAAGGUUAUGACACAGAAGCUGAUGUUGAGGAUGACCCCCAAAUAACUAGGUCGAGCAAGAGAAGAAGAAAAACAAGGAAAGAGAAUCAGAGAAAAGGGUCAGCCAAAAUGAAGCAGAAGGGGGAGGAUGAUGAUAGCUGGUAUGAGGAGGAAGAUGAGACUGGGGAUGUUAUGGAUACUGAGAGCGAGGAGGUCCAAAUCCUCUCCAGCCAAAAGCAUAAAAGGAAAACUCUGAAAAAUGAGGAUGUGCAAGCUAAGAACCGUUUGCCCUUCUUGAUUGGUUCUAAGGAUAAGGUUCUAGCUAGGGAGGACAUUGCCAUGAAGGAAGCUAAGAGUAUAGAUGUGAGGGAGGUGGGUCUGGAGGUGAAUUUGGAUCCUGUGGGAGACAAGGUCCAGGAAGGCUCCCAUCUAGAUAUUGACCUUUGCAUCAAAAAUGGUACGAAUAGCUUCAACAAAGUUUUCCUUUGGGUUCAGAAGGAAAUUGCAAGCAUAAAAGCUAAUCAAACCCAGGAAGCUAGCAAAAUUGAGACUUUAGAGGCUAUUGGCACUGGUAAAUUGAACUCCCUCCCUAAUUGUUUAAGUGAACUUACCAAAACAAUCAGUAAUGCUGAGGAUAUCAUUAACGCUCAACAUAGUAGCUUCCAAAUCCUGGAGAACAGAGCUGGGGCUAUUGAAAAAAGGCUGGAAGGGGUUGAGAACAUGCUCAAGAAGAUUGGGGAGCAGGGUCAUAAGAUCUUGAAGGCCACCUCUGCAAGUAUGAAGGUUCUUAUCAGUAAGAUUGAUAGUGACCAAGGGGAUAAGGCCUUAGCAAACAUUACUAAGGUGAAGGAAGACACUUUUGAAGAUAAGGAGAUUAGUCAUGGUAGAAGAACUUGCACGAGCACCAGAAAAAAGAAAAGCCAAAGCAGGGAGAUUGAGGAAAUCAAAUAG